AUGGCUAUUGUGCUAGAAGGCGACACCGUGCAGGACAAGCAGCUUGCGAGCGUUAUUAUAAGCUACAUGAGCACGAAAUACUUCAGCAACAACCCGUGGUAUCUUUCGCUGUGGAAAAGAGCACAUGCGCUGCAAAAAACCGCAGACAUUUUGUUUCUCAUGCACAUGAAGGGAGUGGGCGCGUUCAGCUCGUGGAUCUACAUAAAGCUGCACGAGCACUUUGUGCAAAAAGGCUGCGCGUCCUGUGCGCACGCAAUACUGAUCGAAGGCAUAAAGGCAGGCGCAUAUCCCAGCGAAGAGCUGGAGGAGCGCGUUGACUACUCGGUGCCAAGAAUGCACUCGCUGGAAAAGCCAGAAAGAAUAAAGGCGUUCGGAAAGGAGUGGGUGCACAAAACCACAUACAUGCACCCAGAGCACAUCGUGCGGGCAGAGGGAGAAAACAUAACAUACAUGGAGUACAGGAUAAUCCAGCACCUUCGGGUUGCAAAAAGGCUGGAGGAGGAGGAAACCGAAAGAGGGCUCAACGAGGUGUCUCUUCUGUUUGGAAGCGUGCGGCCGAGGAGGCAGAGCAGCGAAGCCCCCAAACCCGCAAAAAAGCACCAGCCGAGCAAAGAAGAAGACGGAGGCGCGGACGAGCCAGAAGAUCCAAAUGCCGCUGUGGGCAAAGAUGCUGGCAAGGAACGGCCGGGCCAGCCCAGGGCUGCGGGCGAGUGUGCAUACGAAGCCGCUGGCGCAAAACCAGAGCCGCACAUGCUGCUGCAGAAAGAAAGCGGGCCACAGGAGAAGGACACCGAAGGCAUAGACACCAGCCAGCUGGAAAUUGCCCAGGACAUGGAGGAAAUGUACAAGGACGCUUUUUCGGAAAUACUGGCAGAGGAGUGCGGGAAGAGCCAUACGGACCUGUCCGUCCGGCUGGGCAGAGACAUGUCUGGCAGCAAGGACGAGCUGUACGAAAGGCAGGGCGUGGUUGUCUGCAGCGGAGCGUUUGGAAGCCCGUCUUUCGGAAGCAAAGUUGUCAUUAGGGAGAUGCUGUACAUUGUCAAAAAAAAGCUGGGAAAGGCCUCUUUUUUGGUCACGCGAAUUGCCAGCCUUGGAGACGGAAAUGUGACGCUGAAUGCGCAGGACUAUGUGCUCCGAGAAGCGGCGGAUGCCUCAGAGUACUCGGUGUCUAGGGCCCUGGAAAGCACCGGGUUUUCCGUUCCUGUGGAGGCGGCGGUCAAGUACCAGGACAAGUUUGUGCUGCUGUCUCCGUACAAGGAGAUGGGCGCGCUGGACCGGGCAGUGUCUCUGAUUUCCCAGAAGGAGGGCGGGCUGUCCGAGCUUCUGGCCGCGCACUAUGUCAUGGAGAUUCUUCGGGCAAGCGUGCGCGCAGAGAAAGAGGGGUACAGCCUAUGCAACUGCAAGCUCAAGGACUUUGUGCUGGUCGUGGAAAACGGAAAAAUUGGCCUUCGCAUUGCAAGGUACUGCAACGUGUCCACAGAGGAGCAGGUGCCGGUACACCUCUCCAGCAUGCUUGCGGAGAUACGGGCGGCUGCAAAGAUCGAGUACACGCAGACUCUUCUCGUGCACCCUCUGCCGUCCUCGGCAUGGGUCUCCAAGAUAGAGAUGUACCUGGCGCAAAAAAGAGAGGCGUCUGCCCUGCAGAACAUGUUCAUUGCGCAGGAGGUCUGCAUAUACGAGAGCGGGCAGAUGGACUGA